AUGGCGAGCGGUCGAACGAGUGCUCGAGAAACCCUUUUCUCUGGACGCUCUUCACGGUCACAGGCCGGAGGAAAUGUUGACAGCGGCGAGCAAGCUAAACGUCUAUUAGAGGAGCAAAAUGACGCGCACAUCAGCCACUUAUCGUUGCAGAUCACACAGUUGAAACAGCUGUCAAAUAGUAUUCAUUCCGAAGUCAUCGAUCAAAAUCGCUAUCUGGACAGCAUGGGCAAAGAGUUUGAUAACACGGAGAGCCUGUUAGGUGGUACAAUGAAGCGACUUGGCGUAAUGAUGGAGCAAGGUGGCAGUAAACACAUGUUGUACCUCAUUCUCUUUGUUGUUGUGGUAUUUGUGCUGCUUUACUUUGCCAUUCGAUCUCACUAG